CCUUCAUACUAAUGGCAUAUGGGAAGGUUUGUCUGACCCAACUAAAGCCCUUGAGAUAUUACAAAUCUGCAAAACCAAAAUGUACAUAUGUUUGGUAGAUCUGAAUGAUAUUGAGAUAAGAAGAUGGCAAUUUGUAAAAGUAAAACGUAGUCGGGAGCUGAUGCUCAUAAAUUAGCUAAGUUUGCAUGUACUACAACCCUCUUUUUUUCUUUAUUGAGGGUACUUGAUUUGUCGAUAUAUAUUUAUGCAAGUACACUUAAAACCUGUUAGUCAUGAAUAAAACUCUGAACUUUUCUUUCCUCAAAAUAUGAGAGAGGGAGAGAGACUGCUGCACCUUUCCUCUCAAAAGCUUUGCCGCAUCUGCAUGGGUUUUUGGCUAUUUAAGGGUCCUCCUCCUCUUACUACUAGCAAUUAAUAGAAUGAGAGAAUUAAUUAAUAAUUUUUAUGGAGUAGUCAGCAUUUUUCUCUCGAAAAACAAAAGAGAAAAAGAAAAUCAUCUCGAUCUCAAUAGCACUCCGAAUCUGGAUCGAUCGGGUCGUCGUCGGAGAAUAUAAUUGAUCACCAUGGUUCCGGUGAAUUUCGGGGAUUCGUCGUCGAUUCCCCCAGUGGAUGCGGUGGUGCCAAUGGCAAUGGCUCCUCGGUUACUCUGCUUCCUCUUCCUCCUCCUGCAGCUGUUGCUCUUCCCCCGCGUCGCCGCCAUCGUCCUCGCCGCAACCCCCGUCCUGCUUCUCGCCGCCUUCCUCCUCGCCCUCGUCCUCGUCUACAGCGAGCCCAACAACAAUAAUGAGCCCGAUCAUCUGAUUCCGAUCAGGAUCAGGUCGCGCAAUCCCCAUGCCCAUGACCAUGCCUCCUCCUGCACCGCCUCCGGAUCAUCGGACGACGACGACGACGCCCAAGACUCGGACUCGGAGUCGGUCUCGGAGCCUGCCGAUGAUGAGAAGGCUGCGGUGUGGACGGCAGAGGACGAGAAAAGCAUCCAGAACAUCGGCUCGCUGGAGCUGGAGAGGAAUGCCGCUGUGGAGAAGCUCAUGUCCUCAAGAAGCAUGCACCGCUACUACGCCGCCGACCGCGACCUCAUCGACCUCGACCUCGACGGCGAUGGCCACCAGCUGCCCCCCGGCUCCGCUCCCUCCAUGCACCGCAACCCCUUCUUCUUCCACGAUGACCAACAAGCAGCAGCGUCAACGGCGAAGCUGUUCAGCCGACACGAGAGCUUCAGGCCAUACUUCGUCGCCGACAAGACGCAGCAGCCGGUCGUCCUCGAGAGCAGCGGUGGCGGCGGCUCUUCCUCGUCUUUGUCUUCGUCUUCCUCUGCCAGCGGCGACCGUGCCGGCCAGCAUAUGAAGCAAGAAGCCGUGGCUGACUUUUCCUCCAGCUCCAAGGCCAUGGUGGUGACGGUGGAUGCAGAGCUCCCCAACCCCAAGUCCAUGGUAACGGUGGAUGUAGAGCUCAUCAGCGACUCCUCGGAUGAUGACGACGACGACAUUAUGUCGUUGCCCGGCCAGCAAAUAACUAAGGUAGCGAGCAGCAUGUCAGACGACGACGAUGGGGAAUCCUCCUUUGAGGUGGAGAGCAUCACACGACAGGUAAAUGAAACUUUGCAUGCCCAUGCUGCUGCUGCUGCUGCCGCCGCCGCCGCCGCCCGUGAAGGAAGAGAAGAAAAAGAAGAGAAGAACAAGUUGGCAUCGAUUGAGGAGGACGAGAGGAGGGAGCGCGACGUCUUUCCGUCUCCGUCCCCGUUCCUCCGGCAAACUCUGCCACCAUUAAUGGCGACGGCGGUGGUUCUCCUCCUCCUGCCGCCACCACCGCCGCUCCCAAAGCAGUCGUAGCAGCAGCCAGAUACAAGACGCCCUCCAAGAAGGCAGUCGUAGGUUUCUUCCGAAAAUGACCAACUUAAUUAAUUUUAAUUAGUUACUGUUUCUUCUUAUUCUUCAAUUCAAUUCAUCUUAAUUUAGCCAGCUCAAUCUUUUACCAUACGUCACUUAUAAAGAGGAGGGUUUAUAGUAUGUCGUAGUACACUGUAUGCAACACGUUUGUAUUGUAGUACUACGUAUGCAUGCAUAUCAGAAUAUGUACAGAGUAGUACAGUUCAGCAAGCACGUAGGCGACCUUUCUGGCUUCUGGGUCGCAAAGCCAGCUGCGCUGAUGAUUCUGAUUCUUAUCUCACCCAUGCAUCCAUCUCUGUUCUGCAUCUAAUAGAAUAGAGCCCUUGAAAGCAAGCAAAGAACAAGGAAUUAUUUAAUAUUAAUGCCUUACUUGAUGCAUACGUACCUUUGCCUGAUACCCCUUUUCCAGCAACAGCAAAACUACCAUGCGCAGAUUGGCAUCCUCUUCCACCGUUUCGUUUGGUAGGCAAGCAAGCAAAAGACAAUCCAUUCCUGGUUCCUCUCCUUAAAAACCAAACCAAGCGGGCCUAUGUUUACUGAAGAUUAGUCUUUAACAGGGGCCAAUUCCUUCCCGUCAUCAAACAGACAGACAAACAACCAACACAAUGAUGAUCAAUUCUGCCUUAACGGCUGCUUCCUUCCAAUCUCCUCCCACUUUCAUCAAACUACAAGUACAGCUAAGGCCUCAGAAGCGCCGCCUGCAACACCAACAACAGCUUCUGAUUGUUGGCAACAACGGGGCAAUAACAAUAGGAAAGCAGGAGUUCGUGCUAAAGCCUGUACAAGCAACACUAGGGCCAAAUUCAACUGGUGGCCGCGGGGGUUCGCCCCUACCCGAUGUGAUCCAGCAGUUCUACUCCUCCCUCAACGAGAAGGACAGCAAACGUCUUGAAAACCUGAUUGCUCCUGACUGCAUCAUCGACGACAACGCAUACUAUAAGCUGCUGGACAUCAAGAGUACCCAAACCUACUUCAGGAGACUGAUGGAUGCAAUGGGAAAGAAUUUCAAAUUUGCCAUCGAUGAGGUUUCUCAAGGAGUGGAACCCACUUUCGCAGUAAUGUGGCAUCUUGAAUGGAAUGGUAAAACCAUCCCCUUCACCAAGGGCUGCAGCUUCUACAUAUGUUCAAGAAAAGAAGCAGCACUUGUUAUUAGGAAAAUUCAUAUCUUCCAAGAGUCACCAGUGAAACCAUGCAAGUUUUCACUGGAAAUACUAAAUAUCGCUACCAACUUGUUUGACACAUUCCCGAAUAUAGCUGAAGGUUUAUUAAAUAAUCCAGAACAAGCAAUACAGCCCUUUGUGAGGCUUUACAAGUCCUUCGUGAAGCCUUUCAUCGUCCCUUUUCUUGCAUACUAUACCCACUUUUGGACAUACUUGGCUAAAGUAUUGACUAUGAUGCUCCAUUUGUUGUAUAGAAUAAUCAAAUGGUAUGUUUAAAGACUAGAAUGACUGAAAAGUCCAUAUUGUGAAAAUAGAAAUUAUAUACGUACCUUAUCUGUGCACAAACAAUUACAGGUAGCCAAACAAGAAAGGGGACUGUAUGGGGACUACCAAUGGAUCAGAACUUUUCAGAUGAUGUCAUGUCGUUGCCAGAAGUUUAUCUUGUCCAUUCUCCUGCCUAGAAAGAGUGAACAUCAUUUCGUUUUUAAGGAAUUUACCGUUACUCUAUUAGUAUAAAACUGUAGAUAAUCUCUGGAAAUGGUUGUAAGCAAGUGUUGAACAUUAUCAUAUUUGCACCGUAACAUUUUCCCUGCAUCA